ACUUCCCCAUCACGACAGCUCGAUGGACCCGCAAUAAAAGUGCCUGAUUUGUCAACUCUCUCAUAGAUCCAGAUCUUCAACCUGAAAAGAACUGAAGAAGCCAGCCGUCCAUCCUCACAACUCACCAACCGCCCGGCUCUGUCAUCUCACCUCACCACUCAUCAACACAUCAAAAACACCAUCACCAUGGCGCCAUCCACCACACCCCCCCUCAAAUCAACCCUCCCCCCCCUCCUCCUCGGCACCGCCACCUUCAACACGCAAUACGUCCCCGACCCUCACUCGCUGCCCUACCGCUCCAUCGUCGCGCGCGCCAUCUCCCUGGGCGUGCGUGGUUUCGACACCUCCCCUUACUACGGUCCCUCCGAGAUUCUCGUCGGCGACGCCCUCAACGCCCUCUUCACCUCUGAAACAAACCCGCUCCCGCGCGAGGACGUCUUCAUCGUCACCAAAGCCGGCCGCAUAGCCAGCGACGAAUUCGAUUACUCGCCCGCCUGGGUGCGCUACAGUAUUUAUCGGAGCUUGCAGAGAUUGCACACGGAGUAUCUCGAUUUGGUGUACAUGCAUGACGUUGAGUUCGUUUCCCCUGCUGAAGUGUUGGGUGCGGUGAAGGAGUUGAGGCGGUUGAGGGAUGAGGAGGGAGUCAUAAAAUAUGUGGGCAUCAGUGGGUUUCCCCCGAAGGUGUUGGCGGAGCUGGCGGAGAUGAUACUCAGAGAAACGGGAGAGCCGUUGGAUGCCAUGAUGAGUUAUGGGCAUUUUACGGUGCAGAAUCGGUUGUUGGGUGUUGAUGAGCUGCUUGAAAGAAAAGAGGAAGAGAGCAGUGUGUUGAAGAGGUUCAAGAAGGCUGGGGUGGAGGUUAUUCUGAAUGCGUCCAUGUUGGGCAUGGGGCUGUUGACGCAGAAGGGAAUUCCACCUAAUCCGGAAUCGAAGGAGAGCCCGUUGGUUAAGUGGCAUCCGUCGCCGCCGGAGCUGAGGAUUGCGUGUAAGAAGCUGGGCGAGCUGGCGGCGGCCAAGGGGGAGAGGUUGGAGAGUGUGGCGAUCCGUUGGGCGCUGGAGGAGUGGGCGAGGGUGGGCGCGGAGGCUGGUGUUGGUGUUGAUGCUGGUUCUGGGUCCUCGUUGAAGGUGGGCGCGACGGUGUGCGGUGUCUCGUCGAUUCCUGAGUUGGAGGAGACGGUAGCGGAGUGGAAUGGCGUGUUGGAAGGGUUGGAGAAGCUGGCGGCUGCUGGUGGAAAGCAAGAGGGUCGUGUAUACGGAUCAGAGCGCCAGGAAAAGGUAUUGAAGUUGGUGGAGGAUGAGAUGUGGCCGGCCUUGGGCAACUGGAUCGACUUCACCUGGGCCAGCCCUGGGGAGGGCUAUGUGAACACCAGGCGGCCUGAAGAUAAGGGCAAAGUUCCCGAUGAUGGCGUAAUAGCUGCUCAUGAGGAGAGGGUCAAGAACAGGAAGUCGAAGCUAUAGCAGGCAGACGAACUCAAUAGAUCUAUGAGUUACAUGCGAUUGCGAGAAUAUAUGCAGAGCUAGUGCGCAAAUCCAUCUCCACCCUUAUUAGUCAAGA